AACAAUGCGAUGUCGUGGAAUGUGACUCAGAUUCAGAACCAGAGCCAACACAAGGACAGUGCCCUGUAUGCCAGAUGGAAUAUCCAGUUGUGGAAUUGGAACAACAUGCAAGUUCCUGUGGGGAGCUGGAAAUUAACUCGAGAAGUUUGGUGAUUUAGAAGAGCAGUCGGGCAGCUUGUUGGUAGGAUGAGGUGACAUCUGAAGUAAUCAUCGGAGCAGACACACUACACUGACGUUAUUAAAGGACCGUUGCCAUAACGACACGUGGGCAGGCCAGGCAUAAUGGCUCUCCUGACGCAGCUAGGACUCCUCCUGUGGAAGAACUUUACUCUCCGCAAGAGACAAAAGGUGAGGCUGGUUGUGGAGGUGAUAUGGCCCCUGUUCCUCUUCUUCAUCCUGGUCUGGGUCAGAUCGACCACUCAGCCCAUCUACAAAGGCCAAUGUUAUUACCCCAACAAAGCUAUGCCUUCUGCCGGAGUGUUGCCAUGGCUUCAAGGCCUCAUGUGUAACCUUGACAACCCCUGUGUUAACAGCCCCACACCUGGAGAGACCCCUGGACAAGUCAACAAUUUCAACUCCUCCAUAAUUGCGGGGAUGUUAAUCGAACUGCAGACACUACUGUCCGCCGGACUCUCCCCAGCGAAGGUCAAACAGCUAUCGGACGAUCUUGGCCAGUGGUCUUCCAUUCUUGAAAAUGGUCAACCGGUUCCUCUGAGAAGUCUUCUGCGAGACGAUGAAAGUUUCACUGUGUUUUUGCAAGAAGAGCUCGGCGUUCCAGCUUCUGCAGCCCAGAGGUUAAUGAAGACAGGUGUACGCAUCAACACGGUCCCACAACUCUCGACAGAGCAGGACCUGAGGUCAGUGCUGUGUGAGGGCCGAGCGCUCGAGCGGUACCUUGAGUUUGGCUCAGAUGCCGAGCGGGACGCCUUCCAGAACGUCAGCUGCUCCCUCAGCCCUGCCCAGCUGCGACAGACUCAGGAGGCUUUCCAGCGUAACCUUGACCCCAGGAAGCUGCUCCGCAAUCUCCCCACAGCGCUGGGCCUGAACCCUGCAGAGAGUGUCGAGCUCUACAGCCAAAUGGUGACAGACGUGGCUCCUCUGGUAGACCAGAUGCUGAGGACUCAGAGGACUCUGCUAAGUGUGACUGAUGGUGUAGACUUUGGAAAUAACACCUUCGGCGGCCUAAUUGCACUGCUGUGUGGGCCAAGCCCUGACUCCAACUCCACCAAGUCCACUCAAGCCAGGUCCAGUUCAUGGCCGAUGAAUGAGCGGAAGGACAGCAGUAGCCAGCAGCCAACUCAGAGAAAUGCUAGUGAGUUUUGCCAGACGCUCAUCGGCACGUUGGAGGGCUCGCCCCGCCUGCGGCCCUUGUGGAGCGCGAUCAGGCCGAUCAUACAGGGGAAGGUGCUCUACACACCUGACACACAAGCGACCAGGCAACUCAUGGCACAGGCAAAUGGCACGUUCGAUGCCCUGGCCAGGCUGAAGGCACUGGGAGAGGCCUGGGCGGAGAAUGAGCCAAGAAUCUGGGACUUCUUUCAAAAUGGCAGUCAAAUCAAUAGAUUAAGGGAUUUGCUGAAGGACCCCAUCUUUGCAGCGAUCAUAGACCAGCGUCUUAACGGGACUGGACUAACUGCUGCAAUCAUCACCAACUUCCUGUAUAACGGACCCCCGGAGGAUCGACCCGCGGGGAUGCCAGACUAUGACUGGCGCAACGCCUUCAACACCACCAGCCAGAUUUUGGAACAGAUGACCCUAUUCCUUGGGUGCCUGGACUUGGAUAAGUUUGAGGCCAUAGCGGGUGAGGGACCAAUGGUGGACCGAGCACUGGAGCUGAUAGAUCAACAGAGUUACUGGGCAGGGAUCGUGUUCGAGGGCCUCGUGCCCAACGCGACUCAGCUGCCCGCGUUCGUCAAGUACAAGAUAAGAAUGGACAUCGAGGACGUGGAGCGAAGUGAUAAGAUUAAGGACAGGUCCUGGGACCCUGGAGCCAGAGACCACUCGUUUAAAGACAUGCGCUACGUGUGGGGCGGGUUCGCCUACUUGCAGGACAUGAUCGACCAGGGAAUCGUUCAGACACACACAGGCAAGAGCCAGCCCCUCGGAGUGUUCGCCCAACAGAUGCCGUACCCCUGCUACGUCGAUGACGCCUUCAUGUCCAGCAUCGGGGUCAUGCUGCCCAUGUUUCUGGUGCUGGCCUUCAUGUACACAGUGUGCCAGAUCAUCAAGUCCCUGGUGCUGGAGAAGGAGAACCGCCUGAAGGAGGUCCUGCGUGUUGUGGGCGCCCGCAACGGCGCCCUCUGGUUCGCCUCGUUCAUCGAGAACAUGGUGCUGCUGACCGUGCCCUGCGCGCUUAUCAGUGUCAUGGUCAAGUAUGGGAAUGUGCUGAGGUAUAGCGACCCGUCAGUGAUCUUCGUCUUCCUGUUGGUCUUCUGCCUGGCCACCAUCAUGCAGAGCUUCCUCAUCAGUGUGUUUUUCAGUCGGGCGAAUCUGGCAGCCGCCUGUGGGGGCCUCAUCUACUUUGUGCUCUACCUGCCGCACUCGCUCUGUUACGCGUGGAGCGAGCAGAUGACCUUCCCCAUGAGGAUUGGUGCGAGUCUACUCUCCUGCGUGGCCUUUGGCUUCGGCUGUGAGAAAUUCGCGAAAUACGAGGAGCAAGGCAUUGGCAUCCAGUGGCACAACGUGGCCCGAAGCCCUGAGGGCGACCGCUACAGCUUCAUCGUGUCCAUCGCCAUGAUGCUGGUUGACGCCCUCAUCUACUGGGUGCUCACCUGGUACAUAGAGAACAUCUAUCCAGGUCAGUAUGGCAUCGCUAAGCCAUUCUACUUCCCCUUUACCCGAUCCUACUGGUUUGGCUCAGCAUCCACCUCUGAGCUGGGCACAGAGUUGGAAGACCCGGAGGACCAUAAAGGUUACCUAGAGAAGCCUCCUCCGAAUAUAAGAGCUGGUGUGUCCGUCCGCAACCUGGUCAAGAUCUACAAGACGGGGAAGAAGCUGGCUGUGGACGGCCUGAGUCUGGACUUCUAUGAGAACCAGAUCACCUCAUUUCUGGGCCAUAAUGGAGCAGGGAAGACAACAACAAUGUCCAUCUUGACCGGCCUGUUUGCUCCCACCUCCGGGACGGCCAUCAUUAACGGCUACGACAUCCGCACUGAUAUGGACUCCAUCAGAAAGCACCUGGGAAUGUGUCCUCAACAUAACGUCCUAUUCGACGACCUGACCGUGGAGGAGCACAUCUAUUUCUACGCCCGCUUGAAAGGGAGGAGCAAGAAGGAGGUGGACAUCGAGAUCGACCAGAUGAUUCAAGAUGUCGGUCUGCCACACAAGAGAAAAGAGCUGGCGAAGAACCUAUCUGGUGGGAUGCAGAGGAAGCUGUCAGUUGCCAUAGCGUUUGUGGGUGGGUCCAACAUAGUGAUUCUGGACGAGCCCACGGCUGGAGUGGACCCGUAUGCCCGCAGAGGGAUCUGGGAACUCCUCCUCAAGUAUAAACAAGGUCGGACCAUCAUCUUGUCCACCCACCACAUGGACGAGGCCGAUAUCCUUGGCGACCGCAUCGCCAUCAUCUCCCAUGGCCGCAUGUGUUGCUGUGGCUCGUCCCUCUUCCUGAAGAAGUGCUUCGGCAGCGGAUACUACCUCACCCUGGUGCGCACCACCGAGAACAAGAUGGCCUCCCAGAGACCCGCCAUCCACCAGAACUCAAAUCAUUCUCAGAGUGAUUUGGUGGACGACGGCAUCGGCAGUCAAAAUUCAAGCUGCUCGGAUCCUCCAGAUGUGGCCGAUGUCAGUAGCCUGAUCAGGAAGCAUGUGCCCCAGGCCGUAUUCCUGGAGGGCAUUGGGCAAGAGCUGACCUACAUCUUACCCUACGCGGGCGCCAGAGAUGGUACCUUCGCCCUGCUCUUCAAAGAGCUGGACCUGGAGAUGGGCCAACUGGGCAUCAGCAGCUAUGGGAUCGCAGACACCAGUCUGGAGGAGAUCUUCCUCAAAGUGGCAGAGGAUACUGGGGUAGAUAUGGAACCACAAGAUAAAGCUGAAAGUUUUACACGCGACUGGAAGCGAAGUUCACGAGACUCUCGACGCAACAGCAUUGCUGCAGUAAAGAACUCCAGUAACCCAGCCGGCCCACAAUUAAUAGAACUGAAGGGGAGAUCCACAAAUAAAGUAGUAGACUGGGAGAGGGCGUCGAGUCUUAACGGGAAAGGUUCUUCAGUCAUCUCCGGCUGGAGGCUCAUCAGACGCCAGUUCCUGGCUCUCUUCAUCAAGCGCUUUCACCAUGCCAGGCGCAGCCGCAAAGGACUCCUUGCUCAGAUUGUCAUGCCAGCCCUGUUCGUGUGCCUCGCUCUCAUCUUCUCCCUGAUCGUCCCCCCGUUCCGUGAAUACCCCAAACUGGAGCUCCAGCCUUGGAUGUACGGUGCCAAGCAGAACACCUUCAUCAGUGUGGAUGAGCCCAACGUCACAGAGGUCUCGCAGGUAGCCAAGUCCUUGCUGAAUGACCCCGGCUUCGGGACACGCUGCAUGGCAGGCAACCCAAUACCGCAUCUGCCGUGUGAACCUCAGAAAGCAACAGACUGGUACACUCCUCCCGUGGACCCUGCUGUGAGUGACAUCUUCGCCAACGGGAACUGGUCAUUCGCCAACCCCUCCCCCGACUGCGAGUGCAGCACCCCCCAGCGGACCUUCAUGCUGCCUGACUGUCCCCUUGGGGCUGGAGGACUGCCCCCUCCCCAGAAAACUCAGAUCACAACGGACAUGCUUCAUGACAUGACUGGAAGAAACAUGACUGAUUAUCUCCUGAAGAGCUACGAGAAAUCCGGCAAAAAUCGGUAUGGAGGGAUCUCAGUCGGAGGAGAGAACUCUCAAGUCAGAAUGAACGAGUCAGAAAUUGCCACCGUUUUCGAGGAUUUGCGGAACCUUUUCAAUGCCUCACAGGAUAACGCAACCGAGCAGAUCCUGCAGAACAUGGAGGUGGUAUUCAAAGAGCUCGGAACUCAGCAUAAUGUCAAGGUGUGGUUCUACAACAAAGGCUGGCAUGGGAUGGUGUCUUUUCUGAACAUAGCCAACAACGCCGUCCUGCGGGGCAACCUGCCUCCAAACCUGGACCCGCGACACUACGGCAUCAGUGUCUCCAACCAUCCACUCAACCUCACCAAGGGGCAGCUCUCAUACGCAGCCAUGGCCAGCACCUCUACGGACAUGGUGGUGUCCAUCUGUGUGAUCUUCGCCAUGUCCUUCAUCCCCGCCAGCUUCGUCCUCUUCCUCAUCCAGGAGCGGGUCAAUAAGGCCAAGCACCUGCAGUUCGUCAGCGGCGUUAACCCCACUGUCUAUUGGGUGGCCAACUUCGCAUGGGACAUGUGCAACUACAUUGUCCCCUGUGUCAUUGUGAUCAUCAUAUUCCUCUGCUUCCAACAAAAGUCCUACGUCUCACCACCCAACCUGCCCGCCCUGAUUCUGCUGCUGGUGUUGUACGGGUGGUCCAUCACACCUAUGAUGUACCCAGCAUCCUUUGUGUUCAGUGUGCCGAGCACGGCGUACGUGGUGCUCACCUGCGUCAACAUGUUCAUCGGGAUCAACGGGAGUGUGGCCACCUUCAUCAUGGAGAUGUUUGACGACAAGAAUGUCAGCCACAUCAAUGACAUCAUGAAGCAGGUGCUGCUCAUCUUUCCCCACUUCUGUCUAGGCAGAGGACUCAUUGACAUGGCAAGGAACCAAGCCACUGCCACUCUUUACGAGAGCUUGGGUGAAGACCGCUUUCAGGACCCCCUGGGUUUGGACAUGGUGGGGAAGAAUCUGUUUGCCAUGACGAUCCAAGGAUAGUCUAUGUUCGCCGUGACCCUGCUCCAUUCAGUAACAAGUUCUGCUACAGCCGCAGGUCAG